AUGUCGCCCUCGCCAGGCGAUGCGCCGUCGUCGCCAGAUCCGGCCCGCCCCAGCGGCCUGGCGAGCGUCUUCAAGGGUCUGACCGGGGCCAAGUUGACGAAAUCCCCUCCACCGAGUCUUCAGUCCUCCUCCUCGAUCCUAUCCCCGCUCGCCGAUCACGUAAAUGCCACUCGCACGAACCUACCCGGCUUAUCGCCGAACCACAUGGAGUCGUUCGAGCUGCUCAAGAAUGGGAAUGGCAGCAUCGCCGAUCGUAUCGCGGCUGCCAACUCGCUUCGCUACGCCAUUGCGGAAUACCCCAUGAAUCCGGUGCUGGAGAUUUGGUACGCCGCAAAGGGCAUGAUUGAUGCGUCAAAGUCGGAGGCUGAGCGAAUCGCUGGCUGGGAGCUCCUCUCGGAGUGUGUCAAGCACAAGUCGUCUACAGAUCUCGAGCGCCAAGAGUACUUCCUCACACUGACGGCUCCUGCGAACCCCGAAGAUUUCCACCUGCAACUUGCUGCCGUUGUUGACCUCACCAACCACGGCCGUGAUUUAUCUGGAUUCGACUAUCAAGUCAUCGGGGUGCUGCAAAGAUGGCUCCGUGAGGUAUACCAGGCAGUCAAGGCAGCACGAAAGCAAGCCAGCCGUGAUGCUAAGAAGAACGCCGGCAAGGCUAGAGCCUCUGCCGCGGGAGAGGAGAAGAACUUGCACCAGCUUUUUUCCUUCAUCGCAGAGGUCAUCAAGUUCAGUUCCAACGUAGCUGAGGAAACUGCAAUGUCUGCUCUGAUGGACACUCUGAUCGCCAUUUGUUUGAGCACAACCAUCGAAGACGACUUGCGGGCCUCAAUCAAUGUCAUUGACGCUGUUGUCACUUUCGGCGCCUUACCCGCCGCAAGCUUCAAAGAGUGCGUCUUGGUGCUGGGCUCGAUAUUCUGUCUUGUGCCAAGGCUUUCCAAGACCGCAUGGCACACUAUAUCCAUUCUAUUGAAAUCGCACAGUGGCCCUGCAGCAGUGAGAGUCUUGAUCGACUUGUUGCGGCACCUCCCGGCAGAUGGUAGCAGCAAAGGAAAGGACACCAGGGAUAUUCGGGGUGUGUUGGCUGUUUUGGAGAAGUUGCUGACCAAGAGCACGGAGAGGGGCUAUCCCCCUGUUCCAUUCGCACUGCUCCUCGAUGGGUUGGUAGCAGCAGUCAACAGCACAGAUUCCGGCCGAGUCCACUGCGCCGUCCUCAAGCUGAUCAACUCUCUCUUCCGGGACGGCGACGGCAAGAUUCACGGCCUGAUUGUCGAGGAGGACUGGUCAACCCUACUGUCCAUCGCCGCCGAAUGCUCCAAAAAGGCACCUCCGGGCAUCGUCGUCGGGAGCGAAAUGAUUGCCCUCGCAAAUGAGCCUGACCGGCCGGAUGAAGCCAUCGGAGUCGAGUUGCUGAAGCUGAUCAAGCGACUGGAAGAGCUGGCUUGCCGCAAAUCGGGCGAGUUCGUCCCGCGGCAGACCAUCAUCACGUUCUUCAUUGACAUUCACAAUCGACUCCCGGACUCGACAGCCCGCGUGGUGCUGACCUAUUUCCAAGAAUUCCGAUGCUGUUCACCUUCAGACCUGCAGUGGGAGGAGAACCUGUCCUUGGUACUGAAAGAAUUUUAUGCAAACCGAAGUCGGAGUUCUGAAACCCGCCUUCUGUCUCUACAGGCGGCGACUGAAUCUUACGAUAUGAUGGAUCUGGUCGGAGAAGAGCUCGGUGACAAUGAUUGCGUUCCCAAGCUUAUCAGGGACCUCCUCAAUAACAUAGCUGAUGAGACUAACCUUCUUGUACUGGAAUCGGUUGUUGCUUUUAUGGUCUCUGUCGCUGUUUCCUCGGACUUGGAGCUCUUCAACUACAUUACCGACACGCUAAGGACGAUUGUCGUGAAUGACCGUCUAUUGUCUCCCGUCACAUCAUCAGCGUCUAGGCCCACGACUCCUGUCGGUGGCGAAGCAGCUCCCCCAAAGACUCACACGGCCUCGGGAGUCGUUACGAGGGGCUAUGUCAAGUUAUUCAUGCGAUGCAUGAACCUCGACGGAGCCAAGUCAAUUAAACUCUACGACACUCUCGUCAACAUCGCCAAGACAAAUCAUUGCAAGACUGAUGCUCGACUUACGGCGAUGAAACUACUAUUCCGACUCCGAGCUGAUUGGGCAAACCGAGUUUUCUUGAUCAAUGACACUGAAUCCGAAGGUCUUGCGGCCACACUCCUACACACAGCCUCUUCCCGGGCACGGAAGCAGGCCGAAGACGCAUCGCAACCCGUUCGGGCCACAAGAGCAGAACAAGGUGCCGUCUCACGGACUACGCGAGGCAUUUCAUUUAGCAGCUCCGGAACCCAGGAUAGAGUCUUUCCAAUCCGUUCCAUUAGCGGGGCAAAAUCAUCGUAUCCUUACAAACAACUAUGGGUCCUGCCAGAUCCGGAGGCCCUGCCUGAAACCCCAACAGCCACUGCAAGCCCCAUUCUAGCGUCGUAUGUUGAAGACCUGGGAUCGGAGACCGUGGAGGAAAGCGAGUCAUCCUCUGUUGAAGCGAAGCAAAUCGUAUUGAACAUGAAUGCUUGGCUCGACACCAUUGUACACAUCAUCGAGCACGGCUGUGAGUGGGAGGUGUACAGUAUGGUUUUGGUCCAUUUGCCCUCGCAACUCACAAACCAUGCGAUAUUCCGUGGCGCUGUGCCGCAGAUACAAGAGCUCCGGCGAGUGACGUGCGAGCAGAUACGGACAAACAACUUCCAGGAGCCACCGAUAUCUACAGGCUUGCGGCGUGCUGAUGUGGCUAUCUGUCUCUUCCACAGCCUGACCAUGAUUCUGAGCUAUCACGAGUUUUUCCUCAAGGAUCAAGAGGACGAAAUUGUACAGGCUUUCGUCAAGGGCAUUUCGACUUGGGAGCGGUGCGCCAAGUAUUGUAUCCAUGCACUCUCAAUAUGCUGCCAUGAACUGCCUCUAUCUACGAGCAAAACGCUGGUGCAAAUGUUGCAGAAGAUGGCACAAAUCAUCACGCAGUCCCAUGUGGCCAUGCACAUUCUGGAGUUUCUUGCUUGCCUGAGCAGAAUGCAGAAUCUGUACGUCAACUUCCGCGAAGAUGAGUACCGCAUCGUGUUUGGAAUCUGCGUCCGCUACCUCCAGUACGUGCGAGACAAAAAACAAACACCGCGAAGCAGUCUUCACAGCGAAGCAUCAACGCCGACUAGUUCCACCCCGGAUCUUCUGCAUCCGAACGCUGCAGACGACCUACCUCAGUAUGUAUAUGCUCUGGCGUACCAUGUCAUCACGUUCUGGUUUCUGGCCUUGAAGCUACCAGAUCGUGCCAAUCACGUCGGAUGGAUUGCCAAGAAUUUACUCAGCGACGUGGAUGGCGGACAGAACCCUGAAGAGCAGGCCUUGGUCACGCUCGAUUUUAUGCAAAGAGUCGCCUUUGCUGACGCAGACGAAUCUUCGGAAGAUGUUCUCUUUAUUAGAGAGCGGUUCGGCGAGAUUUUAAAGCGAAGAUGGCUGAUGGGCAACAGCAUUGUGACAAUAGAGCAAUCAACAACGACUGGAUGGGCUCAGAUCACCAAGCGACAGCCUUCGGGAACGUCUUCAUACAUCGUCCACGAGAAUUUCCGCCCACGCCCAGCGCACCAAGAUCCGUACAUCUCCGAUGUAUCGAGAGACGGCCAGUUGACCAACAACAAUAUCUUGCCUAGUCAUCUGAUGGUCCAGCUGAUGACCUCUACUCCUCAAACUCAGGAGACCGGUCGGCCUAUACCUCUCCCAGACGACGACGCGAUCCAGAGAGCUAUGAGAGUCUUUGACCGCAACUCGACAGUGGAUGGGCACAAGGUCGGAGUGGUGUACAUCGGUGAAGGCCAAACGCAAGAGACGGAGAUCCUUGCCAAUGUCUCGGGCAGCAGCGAUUACGUGGCUUUCCUCAAUGGGCUGGGCACACUGACGAGGCUCAAGGGUUCAAAGUUCAAUACCCAGGGACUAGACAGAGAAUACGAUACCGACGGCGAGUACACCUUCUGUUGGCGUGACAAGGUAACAGAAAUGGUGUUCCACGUCAUCACUCAGAUGCCUACCAAUCUGGAACGGGAUCCUCAAUGCAUCCUGAAAAAACGCCACAUUGGCAACGACUUUGUCAACAUCAUCUUCAACGACUCUGGCAUGCCCUUCAGAUUCGAUACCUUCCCGAGCGAGUUCAACUACGUCAACAUAGUCAUCACCCCAGAGGCGAGGGCAUCUUUUUUGACCAUAAGGGAAAACCCGCCGAGCGAAGGAAAACAUCCGCCUUUCUACAAAGUCCAAGUCAUGAGCAAGCCAGGCUUCCCGGAGAUCUCCCCAGCAUCCGAGACCAAGAUGGUUAGCCUGAGGGCGUUGCCAGGGUUCAUUCGGUUGCUGGCACUCAACGCUUCCGUGUUUUGUCUGGUCUGGGCCAAUCGAGAAGGUGGCGAACAUGUAAGUUCUUGGCGCAACAGGCUCAGGGAGAUCAAGCGGCUACGUGAGAAGUACGGCCCCAAGAACGCGCCAACCAUGCAUCAGACGUCGCAUCCUCAUUUCGGCCAUAUCAACAGCGCUUCGACGCCCUCACCGCCUCCGACAUCCCUGGGUGGCGCAGUCGUUGGCAACAGCCUCUCUGCCGCCCAGGGUGUGGAUGCGUCCAAGUCUUCGGCGAAUGUGCGCGACAGCUUUAGCAGCCUGCGUCGGUCUUCGGUUGCUACCUUCUUCACUAGCACAAGCGAACAGACUAGUCACCGAAGUUCAAUGCUUUCUACCACGACCAACGACACGGAGGUUUCACCAGGAAACGGCAUCGAAUCCCUUAUCGAGUCGGUUGACUUUUCCAAGUGGGCGUAA